AUGCACUUCCUCGAGCAGCUCAUCAAGAAAAAGUUUGACACGAGAAGGGUGGACGCGGUGAAAGGCCGCCCGCAGUGGCUCCAGCGUCUGCUCAACUCCGAUCGAUGCCGCGCCGUGCUCUUCGCGCUCGCGGAGGCGCACCCGAACUGCCUCCUCAUCACGAUCGCGAUCCAGCACGCGUGGCAGCACGGCCACGCGGACGAAGUCCGCGCGCUCGGCCCGGCCGCGGCGUCGUACUUUAGCAUCUUCCACGAACUCCUGGCGUACCACUUCCGGUCGUUGAUCGACGCGGGGGACGACGAAGAGAAACGCGCGCUCGCCGCGGACGCGAUCAAAACCGCGUGUUGCCAGUCCCUCGCGACGUACUUAUUCGCGCAGAUGAUGCUCGCGGACCUCGCGGGCGGCGGCGACGCUGGCGUGGGCGGCGGGGGAAGUUCUAAUUCGCAGGUGAGGGCGCUCGCGGUGAGGAUAUCGCAGGAACUCGAGACGACGGCGGCGGCGGCGCACGGGUUGAGCACGGUUCGAAAAAUCGCCCCGCUGCUGUGCGCGUCGGACGCGGACGCGGCGGCGACGGAGGCGGCGGGGGAGCUCCUCCUCGCCGCGGCGGAGACGAGGGAGAGGCAGGAAUUCGGCGGAGCCGGCGGCGGCCUCCCCCAGGGCAUCCUUCGAAAGUUCCACGACAUGUACCUCGGGGACGCAGACGCGGCGGGCGCGACGAAGCCGUCGAAGGCGCCGCUUCGGCACCCCGACCUCCUCCGGUCGCUGUUCGACGACGCGUUCCGGUGGGCCGGCUCGGGCGGGGUCGUCCGCCCAGAGUCGAGGGACGCGUGCGUGGAUCUCCUCGUCCUCGCGACGACGGUCGGCGACGACGAAGCGACGACGACGAAGGCGGCGCUGACGGAGACGUUGUCGACGUGCGAACGCGCCGCGCGCGGCCAACAACCGAACGUCGCGGCGCUCGGCGAGCUCGUGCAGAUCCCCGCGGUCGCCGCGGGGGUGCUCUCCUGGGUUCGAAGCGGGUUAGGAAGCCCGGACCACUACCGCGACCCGGUCCGCGCGAAAGCGUCGAGCGCCGCGUACCUCUCUUUGGCGGAGACGGUGGCGAAGCGUUCGCCGCGGUUUCGCGCGGAGGUUUUGGACGUCGUCACCGUGGCGUUGAAAGCGAUGGGGAAGGCGCAAUCCGAGGAGCUGCACCUCGCGGUGAUGGACGUCGCCGUGGAGGUGGUCGCCUGCGGCGUCGUGCUCCCCGCGCUCGAGGUGGCGACGAAAUCGUGGGCUUCGCUCGUGGAUCCGUCGCACUUGCGGUAUUUCGUCGGGGAGGUGUUGGAGUUCACCGCGCCGCCGUUUAGCGGGGAUUUCGCGGGGAGCGUGCUUCGGUUGCUUCGCGCGGCGGGGACGCGGCGCGGGAUGCUUCCGUCGAUCGACGCGUUCGUGAGCGAGCUCGUGGGUCAGAGGAUGAAGGGGGGGUUGGGGCCGGGGUUAGGACGGGAAGAGGGCGCGAUUUUGGACGCGCUGCGCGGGGUUCGGCGGUGAGCGCGGGGAGGUAGCGUGCACGUAGCGUGCACGUAGCGUCACGCUCGGGGUGCACGUAGCGUUGAAAGGUGAUCUGGGGUGAACUCGACCCUAGAUACGACGUCGGAAC